AUGCGAGCAAGUGGUACCCAACGUCGUUUGUUGGACUCUAUUCUCUCCUACUGGAGCUGGAAGAAAUCCAACGUGGCGGGUACUACUCCCACUUCUCAAAACCCCCAUACUCACACGGAUACGCAUAAAGAAGAAAACCCAAAGAAGGAGGGAUUAGGAUUCAAUUUCAAAUGGGGAUCUAAAUCUUCUUCUUCUUCUCUUUCUUCUGUUUCUUCUUCUUCUUCAUCUUCUUCUUCUCUUGCGGCUGUGCGGGAGGUGGUGGAGCGCCGUCGCUCAUGCCGCCGCUUUGAUCCCGCCGCCCCGAUCGAUCCCGCACUUCUCGCCGAUCUUCUCACCGCCACCACCCGCGCCCCCACCGCCUUUAAUUUACAGCCGUGGGUCGCCGUUGUUGUGCAGGAGGCGGCACAGCGUGAGGCCCUCGCAAAGGCCACACUCGAUCAAAUACAACCACGAGAGGCUCCGGUUACGAUUAUAUUCGCAGGCGAUACACAACCGGUGAGAAAUGCCGCUGCGGCGCUUGAAAUGGGACUUGAAAGUGGACAUCUCGCACCUACAUAUGGGGCCGUCUUCUUACGACAUGUAUAUUAUCAGAUGCAUGCGGGUCCAUUAGAUGCCUUUGCACACAUUAAGGGAGCGGUGGCUUCAAAUUACAGCGCGUGGACAGGAACACCCAUGUUAUCCGUACCAACUAAUAUGCAAGCAUAUGCCUGGAAGCAAACGAUGAUUCCAGCCACAACGUUUGUUUAUCUAGCAACCGCCGCUGGUCUGGAUACCUCCAUUAUAGAAGGAUUUGAUGAAGCUCAAGUACGAAAUGUAGUGCAACUUCCAUCACAUUAUACUAUUCCGGUGAUUGUUAGUGUUGGGUAUGGCACCCGCGAGGGUUUUCGCUCCGUAAAAAGCCCGCGUUUCCCACCAUCACAUUUGAUUCGAUGGGGUAAGUAUUGA